AUGGAGCAGCAUGAGUGCAGGCCCGAUCUGGAUGUCAUCAUAGUUGGGGCCGGUUUAGCUGGCAUAAAUGCUGCCUACCGCGUGCAUUCCGAGCUGCAACAAAGUCGGUAUCUGGUAAUAGAAGGCAAGAGCAGUAUUGGUGGCACCUGGAACAACUUUCGAUACCCCGGGCUCCGCGCUGACUCCGAUGUCUAUACUUACUCCUAUCCCUGGUUCCCAUGGAAUCAGAAAACCAAUCAUGCGGAUCGGGAGUCAAUCUUAAACUACCUGACAGCUGCUGCCAAUUCAUUCCAACUGGAAAAGCACACGUUGUUUGAUCACAAACUGCAUACGGCACAUUGGUCCACCAAGUUGCGCCAAUGGAGGCUGGUGUGCCGUCAUGAUCAGAGACAAGCAACCAGGACAGUGACCUUUCGAGCCAAAUUUGUCAUCUUCUGCACGGGAAUAUUUAGCCACGACGAGGCGCGGCCGGUUGUAAUUGCAGGGUUAAGCAAUUUUGCCGGCCCUGUUGUUCAUCCUCAGUUCUGGCCCGAGCAUUUGAACUAUGCAGACAAACGCAUCUUGCUCAUCGGUAGUGGAGCAACAGCAAUGACAUUGCUCCCAGAGCUUGCUGAUACCGCUGCAUCCGUGACUCUUGUCCAGAGAAGUCCAGGGUACCUUCUCACCCUUCCAGAGAGAGAGCAUUCUAGGAACAAUGGCUAUCGCUGGACCUACCAAGUGAAAUGGAUCACCUGGAUAAUGGUAGUUAAGCUCUUUUACCAGCUCUGCUGCCUAUUUCCGGGCUUGAUGAAGUUUAUAUGUAUUGCUUGGACACGGUGGCAGCUCCCUGUCCAUGUCCCCGUCAAGCCCCAUUUCACUCCGUCAUACAACCCUUGGGAGCAACGACCGAUUAUUUCCUUUGGGCGGAAGAUCUUCCGGGCCCUGGAAAGCGGAAGAGCAUCAAUAGAAACUGGCCACAUAGCUUAUGUUGAUCGCCAUGGUGUCAUGCUUCAGUCCGGAAAGUAUCUGUCGGGCGACAUCAUUGUGACUGCAACAGGACUGAAGCUUCAGUUCGCCGGCGGGACUCGGAUCUUUCUGGGCAAUACGCAGAUCGAGCCUGGCAGUAGAUUGGCCUGGAAUGCUGUCAUGGUGCAAGAUAUCCCCAAUGCAGGCUUUGUCACUGGAUAUGUACAUACAUCGUGGACAUUGGGAACGGACAUGCGAACACUACUGAUUUGUCGUGUGAUUCGGGACAUGGAGAGGGAUGGUAUUCAGGCUUUGGUCCCUCGGUGCCCACGCAAUAUGCAGGCUGUUGCGCGGAGAUCUGUCUUGCUGACCUCUUCCUAUAUAUUGUCCCAAGAGCAAUGUCUGCCAAAAGUGGGUGAUGUUGGUCCUUGGAGGGCAAGAAACACGUACUUGACUGAUUUCCUCUUUGCGAGAUACAGUCGAGGAGUAUAUGAAGGCCUCACAAACUUGGACAAGAAAUGA